UUUUAUUCUCCCUCAGGUCUAGUCAGCCAUCAUUUUAUUUGUAACCUGUACGUACAAAAGGGCCGCCACAAAGAACAGCUGCCGCGGCACUUGCGUCCGAUCGUACGGGGAGGAUCCUAGGAGUUUGUGCGUCAGGGAUUCUGAUUCAGACUGAAAUCCUAGAGUGAGAGCCGUCAACAAAUGGCAGAGUUUUUAGAGAGAUCCCUUCAGAUGUAGCUUCAUAGAUUCAGAAGUCUUUUGAUCAUGCAUCAGAGUGUAGGAGGUGACCCCUCCGUUCAGGAAGACAUGGAGUUCCUGGCCAAACAGAAAGCUCAUGAGCUGUUCACAGUGUGUGACAUUGAGGAGAAGGGCUUCAUCACCAAGCGUGACAUGCAGAGGUUGCAGACCGAGUUGAACCUUGACCCAGAGCAGCUAGAGGCCGUGUUUGAUUCUCUGGAUGAUGAUAAAAAUGGAUAUUUAACGCUAGAGGAGUUCACAUCAGGCUUUGGAAGUUAUCUGGGAAUAUCUGCUCCCGUUAACGACAAUGACAGCCUGAAUCUGAGUGAUCAUUACGAAGAAGAAAUGGGGGACAAGGCAGAAGAGGAGGAAAAACAGUUCUGUAACAUGAUGGAGAGCAUAGGAGCAGACAAAGUCAUCGAUGAUCAGGCCACAGUGAAGACUCUGUGGAUGAAGAUUCGACAUGAAGAACCUGAGUUGAUGUCUAACUUUGAGGACUUCCUGUACAAGGUGUCCAAUGACAUCCAGAGAGCCAGGGGGGACUUUGAGUCACUGGAGAACGCUCUCAAAAGUAAAAACACGGCUCACGACCAGGAAAUCCAGAAACUGUAUGAAGAAAUGGAAUAUCAGAUCAAACAGGAGAAGCAGAAGAUCCUGACAGAGGAGCAGUUGAAAGAGAGACAGAUGAGAGAGGCAAUGGAGGAAGAAUUAAAAGAAAAAGACAGGCAGCUACAGGAUCUCCUUGCUAAACACCAAGAGAUGGAAAAAAGAAUGAGUGAAUUAAACCAAACAGAGGUGGAAACCAAACUGGAAAAUGACAAGUUAAUGAAGGAGAAAGAAGCCUUAGAAGAAAUGCUAGAGAAAUCUCAAGAGAGUCUGGAAGAAUCAAAAUCAUACAUUGGUCAGCUACGGUCUCAACAAAAAGACGAAAAACGAGAAAGAGCCAGGGCAGCAUUGCGUUUAACAGAAAACAUUGCUUUGGAAAGAGAAAGUUUGGUUAAACAGCUUGAUUUACUCAGAGAUGUAAACAAGAAGCUUCGAGAUGACAAGGAUGAGGCAGAAACAAGGCGGUGUGCCGUCAGUGACACCGAGAUGUCAGAUGAUUUACACCAGAUUUUGGAGUCAGAAGCAAAUGCGAAGAGGCAAUGCUUCAGAAACCAGGACCCGUCCAAACGAGGAUCCAUCCUCGGCAACUACUUCCCUCCAAGCAGAGGCAGAAUGGACUCCACCCAAGAAUCAAUCUCGGAGUUUUCGAACGACGAGGAUCUAGAGCAAUCGCAGCCACAUCAUCAUUCACUUCAUGACAUCACAGACAUCGCUGAUGACAUUGAAUGCGAUGAUGAUGUCAUGACCACUCAGCACACACAGUCACUUGAUCAUGUAGAUAGUCAUUAUGGGAUAGGUGGGCAGGGUUCACAGGUCACUGAGAGCCAGAACAGGGAUCAAACUACAAGCAGUGAUGGGGAAAUAAAUGUUAGAAGUUCUAGACAGAGGCACAAGCAGCACAAGAGACAGAGAAAAAAAGGACAAAAAGCAGUGGUUGAUGAAAAUAGGGAUGAUACUGAUACUAACAAUUAUGAGGACACUAAUGAAACAUCUUUUAGAAAUGGAAUUGUCCCUGAAACUCCCAGAGGACAGCCUGUCGGAGAGGACAAGACUGAUGAGGAGGUGACCCCUCCCCCCAGACAGAGGCUGUUUAAGGUCGUAUUUGUGGGAGACUCAGGUGUUGGCAAGAGCAGUUUCAUACACAGAUUCUGUAAUGACCAGUUCAACCCCACAUUUAGUGCAACUAUAGGUGUGGACUUCCAGGUGAAGAGUCUGGUGAUGGAGGGACAGGUGAUUGUUCUACAGCUCUGGGACACUGCUGGCCAGGAACGGUUUCGAAGUAUCACGAAGCAGUAUUUCAGAAAAGCGGAUGGUGUGAUACUGAUGUAUGAUGUCACCACAGAGGCCACAUUCACCAAUGUCAGGAACUGGAUGACCAGCAUAAAAGAGGGGGUGGAGGAAGGAACAGCCCUGGUUGUCGUCGGUAACAAGACAGAUCUGAUUGAGGAGGAUGACAGAAGAGCCGUCAAAGCUAAGGACGGGAACAAACUCGCUGCUGAAUUUGAUGCCACCUUCUUUGAGGUCAGUGCCAAGUCUGGAACAAACAUCAAGGAAUGCAUGGAAGCUUUAGCAAGAAUUUUAAAAGAAAAGGAAGACGAUGAAAUAGAGAAAGCUGUACAUUUAGAAGAUUCUGAGAAAAAGAAAAAAGGGGGAUGUUGUAGCUGAUAGAUAUAUUUAACUUGUCAUCAUAAUAAUAAGGAAUACUCAUCGUUACCAUUGAACAAAGCAACUCUUUCCUGGAAAAAGUGAGGUUUCGGUUGACUAUGUCAUAACUCGUUAGUAAAUCCAUAAGAAAUGUUAUUUUUACACAAACAGAACAGUGCUGCUGUUCUAAAUUUGCUGCUUCCAGUACGUGUCUUGAUUUUACAGACAUUAUCCAAAGUGGUUGGCUUGGAAAGUCCCUUCUUUGAUCUCAGUGUUCUAAGAACAAACAUUCUAUUUAUUUUUUAAAAAUAUGCUGAUUGCAUAUACCUCUGACUAUCCCAUAAUAACUGAUCUCCUUGGUUAUAGAAAUCCAUUAUUAUUUUAGUGCAAUAUAUGUUAGAUUUUAUUUUCAUAUUUUUAUGAUAUACACAAUUGCAAACUUGUUUCAUUAUUUCAUAAGUUAUGUUUUAUAAUUUAUGUAUGGGGAAAUAAUAAAUCCUUGGUUGUUAUUUAUUUAUUCUCUAUAGGAAAUAAUUUUAUGAACACUUGCAUUAUUUUAAUGGUGUACAUAUUGGCGUUAUUUCUUUCGAUUCAUGAUCUGCGCAUAAUCCUGCAUUUAAAAAAAAAUGCUGAUUUUCAUGAUUCAUAGAUCAGAACAUGUAUACAGAUUUCAAAAUAUUUUUUUUACACUGUAUCCAUACAAUGUUUCAUGUUUUACUACAACAAUUCCAUAAAGCAUUCCUGAACUAUGCAAUAAAUGUUGAUGUCUGCUACAUUGUAGCUUCUGUUCUAUUUGUUGAUUGAGCAUUCUACAUACAAAGCAUGUUUUAAUGAUGCUUGUGGGAAAUGUAUUUUAAUUUGUACUAUAUGUAUAUAUAAAAUUGUUUAUAGUAUUUAUAAAAUUUAUACUAUUUAAAAGUUGGUAUCUGAAAGCAAAGAACUAUAUUCGGUAUACUGCAUAUCUUUGCCCCCACUAAAGUCAAAUUUUGAAAAAUUUUUAAAAUGUGUUGAAAUGUAUAAAUUGUAUGAAAAAUAUAAAUUAACAAAACAUAUUCUAGUUUCAAAGUAGGUUAUUGACAAUUUUUGUUUUUAUGACAUCACAAACUAGUCGGAAUUUGCAUUAUAAUUUAGAAAAAAGGACAAAAUGGACAAAAUUUCAACAAUUUUAGCUAUAGAAUUUAUAGAGCGCAGGUCUGCUCAGGAACAAUAUUUGCAUAUUUAAUUGAUAUUAUCAUUCUACACAUUAUAUCAAAAUAUUGAGCCUGAUCAGACCUGCGCUCGGUGAUUUUUACUCAAAAUAUCGAUGCAAUAUUUACAUUUUUCUGUAGAAAUCAUGGAAUUUUUAAAUUUACGUCCUUUUCCUGACGUCAUUUCAAACAUAUGACGUCAUUGCUAAUGAAAACAUUCAGUGCUUUGAAGUCAGCAUGUAUCCCCCUGUUUUAAAACAUAAUUAAAUAUUACUCUGUCAAGGUUUGAUUUUGGGGGCAAAUAUUGGUUAUUACCGAAUAAAGUCCUUUAAAAUUAGUCUACAUUUACUUGCAACAAACAAAAUGUUACAUUGUAAAGAAAAGAAAAUAUUUAAUUGACUUACUUCAUUUUAUUUAAAAUUAAUUUAGCUUUUACUCAUUUUAAAUGAAAACUAAAAAAUAUAUUUUAAACACUUAAGCUUUUAUGUACAGUCAUGAAAAUUUAUGACUUUUUAGCACAGGGUUUACAAUUUAAAUCAGUUCUUUUUU